AUGGAUAAUCAGUCGUAUCCACUCGUCGAUGAUCUCUUUUUGAGGAGCGGGUUUGCUCGUAUACUUGCCACUCUGUUCUCAUGGGGUGCAGUAGUUAUCACGCUAUAUCAAGUAUAUUUUUACCUUGUUUAUGUGAAAUAUGUUGUCGAGAUAUAUCAACACUUGAGAUGGUAUUCAUGCCCUUCAGAGCAACGUUGGAUUGUUCGCAUCUUAUUUAUGGUUCCUAUGUACGCGUUUGAUUCUUGGUUGAGCUUGCUGUUCUUAUCCAACAAUGCAUAUGUUUAUUUUAGUGCAGUUCGGGAUUGUUAUGAAGCUUUCGUCAUAUAUUGUUUCCUCAGUCUUUGUUACGAAUAUCUGGGUGGCGAGAGUAACAUAAUGGCGGAAAUCAGAGGAAAACCGAUUCGCCCAACUAGCUAUUACACGUUAACAUGUUGUCUUGCUGGGAAACAAUACACAAUUGGAUUUCUUCGAUUUUGCAAGCAAGCGACAUUACAGUUUUGUUUUAUUAAACCCGUAAUGGCUGGCAUUACAUUAUUACUAAUGGUGCUGGGCAAAUAUGAAGAUGGGAACUGGAGCGCCGACCAAGGAUACUUGUAUAUAACCAUUGUUUACAACUUUUCGGUGUCAAUUGCUCUUUAUGGUUUAAUCCUGUUCUACACUGCUACGCGAGAUUUACUUUCGCCAUAUCGACCAGUUCUGAAAUUCCUUACUGUCAAAUCAAUUAUAUUUCUGUCUUUUUGGCAAGGCUUCUUUAUUGAGGUGCUCAGUUUAACCUCUGCAAUAGAUCCAGCUUACAACGAUCAACAUGAGGAAGUUAUCUCGAAGGGUACUGUCGCGGCGGCAUGGCAGAACUUUCUUAUAUGUCUAGAAAUGUUUUUUGCUGCAAUUGCCCUUCGUUUUGCGUUCCCUGUUAAUGCGUAUAUUGAUGCCAGUGCAAUGAACAGCAAUCCAGACGGCCGUCCAAUGACUUUACAGAGUAUUAGCAGUUCUUUGAAAGAAACUAUGAAUCCGAAGGACAUAAUGCAAGAUGCAAUUCAUAACUUUCAUCCUCAAUAUCAACAGUACACGCAGCACUCAAACCCGACGUCACGACCGAGUUUAUCUACAAACAACGAAGAUGAACGUCGAUUUGCUGGUCCAUCAAAUAGUGCAGUAGGUGGGAAUUAUGCGAGCAUGGCGCAUACGGGAGCGAAUGGGGUCAGUACUCCAUCACCUCCUGCUGCUUCUCCUGGUCAACUGCUUGACACAUAA